GACAGGAUUCCGUAGCCCCACCCCUGGCGCUCCAUGUGCGGAGCGUGAGGCCGGUUCCGCCUCCCGCGGCCAGUCCCUCCCUGGAGCUGAAAAUGGCUGCUGUCGCGGGGGCGCUAGGAAGGUUAUUGAGGCCCUCGAUCUUCCCCUGGAGGGCGUGCGCCGCUGCCGGAAGGUGCCUUACAGCCGCCGCGGCUGCAGGAGGGCGGAAGUGCGCGGACGGUGCGGCGCCCGCUUUUCCUCGGCGGCAUUUCAGCACUAGUUCUUCAAAGUUUGUUCCUGCUGUCACCCAGCAUGCUCCCUAUUUCAAGGGUACAGCUGUGGUUGAUGGGGAUUUCAAAGAGCUGAGUUUAGACGACUUUAAAGGAAAAUAUCUGGUUCUUUUCUUCUACCCUUUGGACUUUACGUUCGUGUGCCCAACAGAGAUUGUCGCUUUCAGUGACAAAGCUAACGAAUUCCAUCAGGUGAACUGCGAUGUAGUUGCUGUAUCAGUGGAUUCUCACUUUACUCACCUCGCCUGGAUAAAUACACCACGAAAGAAUGGCGGCUUGGGGCACAUGAAUAUCCCACUUCUGUCAGACUUAACGAAACAGAUCUCUCGAGAUUAUGGUGUGCUUUUGGAAGGGCCUGGUCUUGCAUUAAGGGGUCUUUUUUUAAUUGAUCCUAAUGGAAUUAUCAAGCACUUGAGCAUCAAUGACCUCCCUGUUGGUCGAAGCGUAGAGGAAACACUUCGCUUGGUGAAGGCGUUCCAGUUUGUAGAAACGCAUGGAGAAGUUUGUCCAGCAGAUUGGACUCCACAUUCCCCCACGAUCAAGCCAAAUCCAGAAGAAUCAAAGGAGUAUUUUGAGAAAGUAAAUAAAUAAGAUCAUGAGUAAUAAUGAGGUAGAAGUAGACUACAUUUCCUCCGAGCAAAGAGCUGACUUCCAGAAACAGCAACUAUGAUUGUAAUAAAACUUCAAAAUUAUUUUAAUAUUUGUUGUGAUGGAAAAGUUGUUAUAUUUUGCAAGGUUUUUACUAUAAGGAUGAGUGACUUUGUCCCCAAGUCCCCAAGUCAUGGUGUUUCUUACAUGCAGCAUACUCAGAAACUAUGAAGCAAAAUAAUGCCUACCUACCCAUAUUAAAUCUGGGAUAUAUCCAUGCUUUUGAAUUGCUUACAAGGUAAACUACAGGCAUUCCUUUCUUUAAGGAGCUGGUUAGAUUUUUAAAACAAAACAAACCAAAAAACAAACCACAAAACAAAACAAACCCCCAAUAGGUUCUGCCUUUUCCACCUAAACAGCCCAUACUUUUCCUUUGGCCAUUGAUGGGACGUAUUACAGAUGUAUAUUCACAGAUUUUGGAUCAAACUUGUUCUGCAAAGGGGUUUUGUGCACAGAUAACUGCAAGGAAAGCCAACAACAUGUGAAUGGUGAACUGAGAAUUGAAGUAAUUGAACUUUAGACUACUGCAAUAUGGAACACCUAUAGGAUGAAGUAAAGUGAAGGAUUAAUGCUUUUCUUUUAUAAAUAAACCCAAGGUGAAGCUAUGAACCAAAAA